ACAGUUUUCUUAUUACAGAACGCAAAAACAAAAAUCAAAAAUCAAAAAAUUCCAUACAGCCAAAAACAAAACAAAAAAAAUGAGUUUCUUAUUUGGCAAAAAGAAAACCCCCGCCGAGCUGUUAAGGGAAAAUAAGAGGAUGAUGGACAAAUCAAUUAGAGAAAUAGAAAGGGAGAGACAAGGUUUACAAGCUCAAGAAAAGAAGCUAAUUGUGGAGAUUAAAAAGAAUGCUAAACAAGGCCAAAUGGGAGCUGUGAGAGUAAUGGCGAAGGAUCUUAUUAGAACGCGGCAUCAGAUUGAGAAGUUUUAUAAGCUUAAGUCUCAACUUCAGGGUGUGGCUUUAAGAAUACAGACUCUGAAAUCAACUAAUGCAAUGGGGGAGGCCAUGAAAGGUGUGACGAAGGCAAUGGGCCAGAUGAAUAGGCAGAUGAACUUACCAUCCCUGCAGAAGAUAAUGAUGGAAUUCGAGAGGCAGAAUGAAAAGAUGGAAAUGGUCACCGAGGUGAUGGGCGAUGCUAUGGAUGACGCUUUGGAAGGAGAUGAUGAAGAAGAAGAAACAGAAGAGCUUGUAAAUCAGGUUCUUGAUGAGAUUGGAAUCAAUAUCAAUAAUGAGCUGGUGAAUGCUCCCUCAGGCUCUGUCGCUGCGCCAGCUGCAAAGGACAAGGUUGCUCAAGCUGAAUCGACUGGAACUCACGGCGAGGGUGGGAUAGAUGAGGAUUUACAGGCGAGAUUAGAUAAUUUGAGAAAGAUGUAGAAUAAGGUUUAUAUUAGCUGUAUAGAUGGUAUAAUGGCAAAGACAAGCAUUAGACUUCUAUUUUGUUGAUAGUACGUUUCUUGCUUCCGAUAAUUAUUUUUUCCCAA